AUGGGCAUAUCAUUUGGCACCAAUAGAAGGAGAAACGACACCCCCGCCACAUACUACCACCACCACCACCCUCCUCCUGAAUACUACGCUCCUUAUCAUGGGCACCCUCCACUGCCUCCACAUGCUUUCCCUGCACCACCACCACCUCUAUACUGCCCACAUUACCAAUCCUACACAAGUAAUUUUGUUGGUGGGCCGCCCAAUUUUGGUACUUUUCAUAAUGGGUUUCCAGCGUCAUCUCAAGAGGUGGCGCCGCCGCAACCACCACCGUACGUUGAGGACCAACAUGCUAAAAAGGUCAGAAGUGAUGUGAACGUGCAUAAGGAUACUUUGAUGCUUGAAGUUGAUGAGAUGAACCCUGACCAUCGCUUGGUUUCUUUUCUUUUUGAUGCUAUGUUUGAUGGAAGCAUCACUAUUUGGUACUUCGCCAAGGAAGAGCCGAACUGCAGAUUGGUUUCAUCAUUUCCUGAAGUAUACGUGCCUGUGAAAAUUCCUUUCCAGAAAGGACUACGCCAGAAAUUUAGUCAGCCUUCUGGGACGGGCAUUGACCUGGGUUUCUUUGUCUCUGAUGAUCUUUCAAAUCCAUCUCCAAAAGAUGACAUAUUUCCUCUUAUAACCCAGGCUGUCCUGGAGAAAAACAAUGAAGGAUCUUUCAAUGUUAAAACAGUCAAGCAGAUAUUGUGGAUUGAUGGUGUUCGUUAUGAGCUGCGUGAGUUAUAUGGAAUAGGGAACCUUUCUCAUGGUAAUAAUGACAACGACUCAGGAAGAAACUGUGUAAUUUGCAUGACUGAACCAAAGGAUACAGCUAUAUUACCAUGCCGACAUAUGUGUUUGUGCAGCGACUGUGCAAAAACAUUGAGACUCCAGUCUAAUAGAUGCCCAAUCUGCCGUGAACUCAUUGAAGAGCUACUAGAGAUCAAGAUUAAUAAUAUCAAUCAGUGA